AUGUCGUAUCCAAGAGUGUCACUAGAAUACUCUGAAGGAGAUCAAGAUCUGAGCAACAAGACUUGGAUGCCUCUGCGCAGUCAAAAAGGUGCAGGGCAGAAAUACUUUGGAUACAUCGUCGCUUUUGGAUGCUUCAUUGCUGGACUACUAGGAUAUGCCUUUGUGCGCGGGCAUACGAGCAGUGACGCUGUCGAUACAUGUGGGCUCUCAGCGUCCGAUGCUGUGAGACGCGGGUGCAGCUUUGACCCUGUGUCUUUCGCUUGGCUGCCAAAGCGCUGCUUUGAUGAAGAACUCACCGCGCAAUUCCUUGCCCAGCGCGAUUGGCAAUGGUAUAGAGAUUCUAAUGGCACGGUCCCUGUUCAGUACGAGGCGCUGCGCAACGGAGAAUAUUCGGAGCUGUAUGUAACACAGGAAUAUCACAUGUACCACUGCACCUACAUGUGGAGGAAAAUGCAUCGAGCCAUCAUACACGGACAACCACUUGACGGAUACAUCGGCCACCUUUCCCAUACGUCGCACUGCGAAAAGAUGCUAUUGAACCACGGUGCCGCACUCAACUUGACGAACACCAUCAUCGCCACAAAGUUCGUCAACUGUCCAAAGAGUCAGAGAAGCUUGGGCGACAAAGGCUGGUAUCUCAUGGUGGAUGGACGGCAAGAUUUUUCGGGCUUUCCACACCACAACCAUAAUUGA